AUUAACAUUUUCUCUUGCGAACAAUCUCUACCCCUCUCUCUCCUUCUGCCUCACUAUCUUACAAUUUCGACAAUAAAAGUUCACAAAUUACACAAAACCCUUAGGGUUUCAAAUCUCUAGGGUUUCAUUUGGAUCAUCAAUCAAUCUCUUCCAUGGACCCUGAAGAUGAAGAUGCUUCAAAGUUAUUGAACCUUCCUACUCGAUUCGAAGAUGACUCAGUUGCGGACCCGCAUGAGGAGGUCCAACGAGAGACCGAGCCUCAAUGCCACUCGGAUUCGGUGGCCGAGUUGAGCAAGGCGCGUGAGACAGCACCUGAACGAGUAUCUAUGGGUAAAGGAAAAGAGGAAGCCGAUGAUUCUGGUGAAGCGAACGAGGGUGAGAUGAGCGGAGGACAUUUGGAUGUUUUGGAACCGGUGGUUGGUGGUGGGGGUAACCAUGAGGAUUUGAUUUGCGAGCACGGGAAGAAGGACGAAGAGACGGAAGUCAAAGGUGAUGAUGCGGUUGAGGAGAGGGAAGGGAGGGCGGAUGUGGCUGAGGAGACGGGAAUAAAAGCCGAAGUGGCUGAGGAGACGAGACAUGAUGCAUACGUGGCCGAGGAGACGAGACAUGAUGCAGACGUUGCCGAGGAGACGAGACAUGAUGCAGACGUGGCAGAGGAGACCAGAAAUGAUGCAAACGUGGCAGAGGAGAGGAGAGAUGAUGCAGACGUGGCAGAGGUGACGGGUACAAAGGUGGACCUGGUAGAGGAGACGGAAAUAAAGGUGGACGGGAUAGAAGAGACAGAAGUAAAGGCGGAUGUUGUCGGGGAGACUGAAAUGAAAGCGGAAGUGGCUGAGGAGAUGGUAACAAAGGCGGAUACUACUGAAUUAACGGAAAUAAAGGUCAACAUGGAUAAGGAAACGGAGAUAAAGACGGACAUGACUGAGGAAAAGGAGAUAAAGGCUGACAUUGCUGGGGAUACGGAGACAAAUGCUGACAUUGCUGGGGAUACGGAGACAAAUGCUGACAUGGCCGAGGAAAGGGAGAUGGAUCCGGACGUGGCUGGGGAAAAGGAGAUAAAGACAUACAUUGCUGAGGAAACGGAGAUAAAGGAGGAAGUGGCAGACCCGAUGGAAGAUAGAGUGACAAUGGUGAUGGAGGAUAGGACAGCAAUGCUGACAGAGAUGGAGAUUGUUGAGGAUGAGCUAACAAGUGGGACAGAAGAAGUGACACGAAUGGCAGAGGAUAUUGCUAUUCAGGAUGGGAAAAAGGAUGCAGAUUUGGUGCAGGAGACUGACGAACAAGGGGGAGUGUUGGCAAAGUUGGAGGUUGAGGCUGACUUAAAACCUGAGGAGAUGGACACGGCUGGCAUAGCUAAGGAAACAGCUGCUGUUGAAGAAACCUCUGCGGCAAAAGCUGCUGGUGAUGUGGCAGAUAAGAUGGGGAUGCUAGAGGAGGAUAUUGUGAUGGCUAAUGUGGCUGGAGGAGCAGAAGUGGCAGAGGAUACUGAAAUGAGGGAGGUGGCAAAGAUGGAGGAGGUGGAUACAGAAAUGGGUGACAUGGCGGAAGAGGCUGGUGCUGAUAUAACCAAUGAAAUGGAGAGAGCUGAUGUGACAGAGGAAACAGAGACUGGUGAAGAAGGGGAGGAAGUUGGUAAAACUGUUGGAGGUAAGAGGAAGCGAGGGAAGAACCCAAAACUCCCUGGGAGACCUCCCUCAAAGAAGAAAUCAGAGGAGGAUGUCUGUUUUAUCUGUUUUGAUGGUGGUGAACUUGUCCUCUGUGAUCGCAGGGGAUGUCCAAAGGCAUACCACCCUUCAUGUGUUAAUCGUGAUGAGGCCUUCUUUCGAGCUAAAGGUCGAUGGAAUUGUGGUUGGCAUCUGUGCAGUAUUUGUGAGAAGAAUGCUUACUAUAUGUGCUACACGUGUACAUUUUCCUUGUGCAAGGGUUGUAUUAAAGAUGCUGUCAUCUUAUGUGUGAGAGGUAACAAGGGCUUCUGUGAGACAUGCAUGAGAACUGUGAUGUUGAUAGAAACCAAUCAGCAGGGAAACAAGGAAAUGAAUCAAGUAGAUUUUGAUGACAAAAGUAGCUGGGAAUAUCUCUUCAAGGAUUACUGGCUUGAUUUAAAAGGGCGGCUUUCUUUGAGCUCGGAAGAAGUGACACAGGCUAAAAAUCCAUGGAAGGGACCUGAUACACAUGCUGGUAAACGGGACUCACCUGAUGAACUUUAUGUGGCCACUAAUGAUGGGGGACAUGGUUCAGACAGUUCUUCAGAGAAUGCAGAAGUUACUGCCCCUAAAAAAAGAAAGAUGAGGAGACGGUCAAAAUCCCGAGUCAAAGAGGGUGGUUCAUUGGGAACAAGGACAGCAAAUGGUGCUGAGGGGCCAUCUACAGAUGAAAAUGUGGAGUGGGCAUCAAAAGAGCUUCUUGAUUUGGUUAUGCACAUGAGAAAUGGUGAUAAAUCUGUUUUAUCUCAGUUCGAUGUGCAGACUCUCCUACUGGAUUAUAUAAAAAGGUAUAAGCUUCGUGAUCCUCAUGGUAGAACUCAUGUUAUUUGUGAUUCACGGCUUCAAAAUUUGUUUGGGAAACCACGUGUGGGGCACUUUGAAAUGUUGAAGCUACUUGAAUCCCACUUUCUUGUGAGAGAGGAUUCUCAAGUGGACGAUCUCCAAGGAAGUGUCGUUGAUACUGAAGCUAAUCAGAUGGAGACUGAUGGGAACUCUGAUGUCCUAGUAAAAGGGAGUAAAGAUAAGAAACGCAAAACACGUAAGAAGGGUGAUGAGAGAGGACUCCAAUCCAAUGUAGAUGAUUAUGCAGCUAUUGAUAUGCAUAACAUCAAUCUAAUUUAUUUGCGGCGCAAUUUGGUGGAGGAACUUUUAGAAGAUACUGAAACAUUUCAUGACAAAGUUGUUGGUUCUUUUGUGAGAAUAAGAAUAUCCGGUAGUGCUCUAAAGCAAGACUUGUAUAGGCUAGUCCAAGUUGUAGGUACAAGCAAAGUUGCUGAACCAUACAGAGUCGGCAAAAGGAUGACAGAUAUCCUGCUUGAAAUAUUGAAUUUGAGCAAGACAGAAGUUGUGUCAAUGGAUAUAAUCUCAAACCAAGAGUUCACUGAGGAUGAAUGCAAGAGGCUGCGCCAGAGCAUAAAAUGUGGACUUAUCAAUUGUCUAACUGUGGGUGACAUUCAGGAGAAGGCCAUGGCUCUCCAGUCAGUCAGAGUAAAAGAUUCAAUGGAAGCAGAGAUAUUGCGCCUGAGUCAUCUACGUGAUCGAGCCAGUGAUUUAGGGCGUAGGAAAGAGCUUAGAGAAUGUGUUGAGAAGUUGCAGCUCUUAAAGACACCAGAGGAGAGGCAGCGUAGACUGGAGGACAUUCCAGAAAUUCAUUCGGACCCUAAAAUGGAUCCAAGUUAUGAGUCGGAUGAGGAUGUUGGUGAAACAGAUGACAAGAGACAAGAAAACUAUGUGAGAUCAAGAGGAAGUGGCUUUAGCAGGAGGGGAAGAGAACCCAUUUCCCCUGGGAGAGGAGCUUCUGCUUCAAAUGAUUCUUUUAGUGGGACGAGGAAUUAUUCAGGUGGAAAAGAAUUGAAUAGAAACUUAUCCAAUAAAGGUUUCUCGAACAAAGGGGAUGAUUUUGUUGGAGCUGGUGAGAUAGUGAAUGAAAAUCUAUGGAACCAAGCAAGAGCUAAAGAAACUCUGCAGUUAAACAGUUGGGAGAAGCCAAGGAUUGCUUCAAAUUUAGAAACUAAAAAUCCCCAUCCUAUUGUGUUAUCUGAGCCAAAUUCUAGAGUUGUUUCAGAAAUUUCACCAGUACCUGGCUCUACAGGUGUAGCACAGUCUUCUCCUAAAAUUAAUGAAUCAGAGAAAAUGUGGCACUACAAGGAUCCAUCUGGAAAAGUUCAAGGACCAUUUUCUAUGGUGCAGCUGCGAAAAUGGAACAACACUGGUUAUUUUCCUACUAAUUUGAGAAUAUGGAGAUCUACUGAGAAGCAAGAGGACUCUAUACUUCUGACUGAUGCAUUGAGUGGCAACUUCAGUAAAGAUCCUCCACUGGCAGACAUCAGUUUGUCUCAAACAGUUUCAUACUCUGGGAAAGCUCAUGGAGCAACUUUGCAGCAAGGAAUGGAGAUUCAAGUUGGUGGAAAUUCAAACUUCGAUCAGAAUCGUACAGCUUGGAAUUCACAUGAUUCCUUGAGUUCUGGGGCUCAAUCUGUACUCAGUUCUUCUGCUGGUGGGGCUGCUCCAUCCUCACUUGAGGUUCCUAACAGUCAUAGAGAUGGCUGGGCUUCUGAAACAAAUCUCCCGUCUCCAACUCCAAGUACCACAGUUCAGUCCAAGGGAAAAGCUUUCGAAAGAGAAUGGUCACCCACUCCAACUAAACCAUCUGCUCCCCUGAUGAUGACCAACCAAUUUCCGGGAGGCAAUGGAGGGCAGCAAUCUUCUGCUGUGCUUGUUCCUGAGAGUGGGCAAUUGAUGCAUUCUUCCACUCCAACAUCUUCUACAUCAAAAUUGAGUGGUAAUAUGGAUAGUUUAAAUAUGUCUCAUGGAGUGAGUUCUGCAUCUAAGCCAGAAGUAGGUGAAUCACCCAGGGUGCUAGUCAAUUCCCAUCAGCUACCAGUGACUAAUUCGGUUGUUGCCUCAAUGAAUGCUGGUGUUGAUUUGAAAAAUAUUGGUGCUGCUCUCCAGAGCUUGGUUCAACCUGUGACUGCUCAGAUUCCCCCUACUGAAACUCACGGAUUCGGGUCUGGUUUGGUUGCACAGCCAGAGAUGAUGGCUCCAUCUCCAAAACCUGGGAGUGGAUCUCAAGCAUGGGGAAAUACUUCAUCUCAGAAGCUGGAGCCAAAUAAUCCAGUUCAUAUGCCUGCCCAAUCUCCUGCUUUUGCUCAACCACAUGCUUCAUCCUUCAGUAUGGGAAAUCCAUCUGGGAGUUUUCCUGCUCCUGGCCAAUCUGGUAUGCCACCAUCCAAUUCGUGGAGACCUCUAGUUCCUGGUCAAUCAAACAUACAGCCACCUCCUGCACAACCCAACAUACCUUGGGGUAUGGGUGUCUCAGGCCAUCAAAGUGCUGUCCCGAGACAGGGGCCAGAGAAUCAAAAUACUGGUUGGGGGCAAAUGCCCGUAAACCCAAGCAUGGGUUGGGGAGGACAAUUACCUGCAAGCACAAAUAUGAGCUGGGGAGCCCAGGGACAAGCACAGGCUCCUCCAAAUGCAAAUUCAGGUUGGUCUGCGCCUGUAAAUGGACAAGUUCCUGGAAAUUCAGUUCCUACCUGGGUGCCACCCGGGCAAGGACCACCACCCAUAAAUGCAAACCCAGUCUGGGUUCCUCCUGGACAAGGGCCAGCCCCUGGAAAUGCAAAUCCCGGUUGGGGAGCCCCUACUGGGAAUUCAGUCAUUUGGGGAGGUGAACAGAAGAACGGUGGAGACAGGUUCUCAGGCCAAAGAGAUAGGAAUCCUCAGGGUGGUGACUCUGGUUACAGUGGAGGUAGACAGUGGAAUAAUAGACAGUCAUCAUUUGGCAAUCGAGUGGGGGGAGAUUCAUCAAGACCCCCAUUUAAUAAAGGGCAGAGGGUAUGCAAAUUCCAUGAGAGUGGACAUUGCAAGAAAGGAUCUCAAUGUGAUUAUCUACACACUUGAAGUAUGGGAAUUGAAUUUGAGCACUGUGUAGAACAGAACAGUUCAAUCUGUACAGUAAUUUCGGUUAAAGAAAGUUGGACAUUAAAUCUUUUUGAGCUUUAUACUGUAUAACCUUCUAUAGAUUAGCAGUUACUUUUUCACCCAUUUUCA